AUGAGAUCUUUUCAGCCCUACCAACACCACAACCACCACCUGUAUUAUCGUCCUCCACCCUCUACACAACCACCGCUACUACCUACACCAUCUCACUACCACAAUCCACCGCCUUUUCGCUCUCAUCAACCCCCAACAUUACCCCCAAAACCACAUAAUUACCACCGCCAAUUACCCACCCCACUUCCAAAUUACCACAAUGUCUUAAUUUCUACCUCACCUGUUGAUCAUCAUUCCACAUUAUCACCACCAGCUGAACUCCGAGUUUACUCACCUUCAUCGCCUUUUUACUCUCCGGUAUCACCCAAUUACUGCGGCGCGUAUUAUUACCCUCAUUGCACCACCACUUGUUCACCUGACGAUGAUCAUAAUGCAGCUUAUUCGUCUUGGUCUCCCAAAUACUCCUUACCCUCUCCUGUCUUCAUACCACCGCCAUCGCCAUCGCCAUCGCCACCGCCGUCUCCCGUUCGCGUCGAGGAGUCGUCGUCCAAGUCUCCUGUUGAAUCGCCUCCCUCGUCUCCUGUCUACUCACCAACGUGCUCGCCGUCGGUGGAUUACUCAAUUGCAUACUCACCUUCUUACGUGCCUUACACCCCUUAG